UUCUUAGAACUCGCUUUUGCUCUCAUCGUCUCAUCAAGAAUCCAUCUCUUAUAAACCUUUCAAUUCCUUCGUAAACUUCAACAAUGGCGCCGAAGGCCGAGAAGAAGCCCGCCGAGAAGAAGCCGGCGGCGGAGGAGAAGAAGGCGGAGAAGGCGCCGGCGGAGAAGAAGCCGAGAGCCGAGAAGAAGCUGCCGAAGGACGCCGCCGACAAGAAGAAGAAGAGGUCGAAGAAGAGCGUGGAGACUUACAAGAUCUACAUCUUCAAGGUGCUGAAGCAGGUUCAUCCCGACAUCGGAAUCUCCAGCAAGGCCAUGGGAAUCAUGAACAGCUUCAUCAACGACAUUUUCGAGAAGCUCGCUCAGGAAUCCUCCAAGCUCGCUCGCUACAACAAAAAGCCGACCAUCACCUCUCGGGAGAUCCAAACGGCGGUGCGCCUCGUUCUUCCUGGUGAGUUGGCCAAGCAUGCCGUCUCUGAGGGUACUAAGGCUGUAACCAAGUUUACUAGUUCUUAGAUCGACAGAUUAGGGAUUUUAUUGUGUAAAAAUCAGCCUGACUUUUUUGAAUCGAUGAUUUCUCUCCCUUUUGUUGAAUAUUUUGGAUUAAAUCGAACGAAAAUCACUAUAGAUGACGCGAUUCCUUAGUUGUAUGUUUGAAUCUGUCAACAUUUAUCAGAUUGUAGUCUGUUCGAUCUCUUGAUUUUGCCCUAAUUUAAUCUUAUCUAGUUCAUACUCCUUCCUGUAA